CCAAACAAGCUAGUAAUCUAUGUGUACUAGUGUUGAAUUUUCUAAAAAGAGAUAAAGCAUUAAUCGUUUAUGAUUCAUUUUCCCUGGAAUUUUGCAAAUCAAACACUCUUGGACCCAGAAACUAAGAAGAGAAAGAAUCAGAGAAAGGAUGAAUUCAUCCAAAUCAUCUGCAUUACGAUGCACAGGUAAAUUUGCAACUCUCCCUUUCCUCCCAUAGAUAUUUUAUUGGAAAAGGAGGAGAUAAAUAUGGUGAGGGGCAAGACAAUAGAAAAGUACUCAGGGAAUUAGAGGGAACAAAAUAGAAAGGAAUGAGAAGAGGGUUAAAAGAGGUUUAGAGAGGGAAGUGAUGAGUGAUGUUAUAAGACUGUUAUACUGGGAGCCUGUUGACUUGAGUGCAGGGAGAGCUACCAGACUGCUGUUUCUCCCUUUCUGUGAUGUCCUGAGUCACUUAACUUCUAUGGAUCUCACUUUCCUUGUCCUUAAAAUGUACAUUAGGAAGAGGGGGGAACUAGUACAGGAUUGUCAGUGUUUUAGCUGAUUAAUUUACAGAGAACUUGAUAAAUGAGACACUGAAGAGAGAGGAGAGAGACAAGAAAAGCAGAGGGGUAGAAGGGAUAAAAGGGAGAGAAAGAAAAAGAACCUUAUAAAUAUGAAAGUAAAUUUUUAACUGGAAGAAUUAGAAGGGAAAAUUUGUACAACUGAGUUCAUGAGUUAGUCUUAAAAUUAGUGAUUAAUUAAUUAUACCAGUUACUCUUAAAGUGGGAUCUUCAGACCAACAGCAUCAGCAGUCCCUGAAAACUUGUUGGUUCCAAAUGAACUCCUCUGAAUUGCUAACUCUGAGGCUAAGGCCCAGCUAUCUGUUUUAGCACUUUCAGCAAGGUAUUUUGCUGCAUGCUGAUGUUUGGGAAUUAUACAAUACAGACCAUGUGAGUGGAAAGAAAUAAGAAUAAACAAGACUCUCUUAAAUUUCGGUUGUUACCUUGUCCCAAGAAGACUGACUGUGUUUGAGUCUGCCUUUCUACAGAAAGAAGAUUCUUCUCUUCCCAGGCAUUCUUGUGGACUGUGGCCAGUGCCUCCAUCCUGCUUCUCAGUGCCUGUUUUAUCACCAGAUGUGUCGGUCGUUCUUCAAGCCAGAAACCCCAACUCCUACAGGACCACUACUAAAUUUCAGUGACCUCUGACACAGUUUUCAUGAUGGACAUUUUUCACCUCCCUGUUGCUAGAGUUCUUCCUGUUGUACCCUGAUCAUUAGUGCAAUCUUCUUUAUGAGACACUAACUUGAAGCUUGGAUUCACUGCUCAGGAUCAGAUAUAAAACAAACUACUUUUUGGAAGAAAGGGUUGAGAAGUUAGAUUUGGAAUAAGAGGGAAUGCAAACAUGUUUGGUUUUUCUGGGUCUUUGGGUCUGAAAUAAAGUGUAUUCUUCUUCACAAGUCAGGAAAACCAUGAAAUGUGAAUUCUCUCUUCUCUCUUUUAGAAAGUGAAUCCCAGUGCAUCUGUAGGUGGAAAGGAAAGUAAAUAGGAUGUAAACAUGAUGAUAAUUAUUGCCACUUUUGUUAUGAACACUAAACUGAGAAAAAAAUUUAUAAACAAACAAACAAAAAAGAACAAUGAGCAUUAACUGGACCCCUUUUCUUAUAGUGACAUAUCAUAGCUUUCAAAUUUGUGAUGAGAAAAAGUUCCAACCACAUGAGAAUUUACAGGAGCUCUCCUGCUACAAUGAUGGAUCAGGGUCAGUUAAGAAUUGCUGUCCAUUGAACUGGGAACAUUUUCAAUCCAGCUGCUAUUUCUAUUCUACAAACACCAUGUCCUGGAUAUCGAGUGUAAAAAAUUGCUCAGGCAUGGGGGCUCACCUGGUGGUUAUCAACACUCAGGAGGAACAGGAAUUCCUUUACCAUGCAAAACCUAGAAAUAAAAUUUUUUAUAUUGGACUAACAGACCAGGUGGUUGAGGGUGAGUGGCAAUGGGUGGAUGGCACACCUUUCACAGAGUCACUGAGCUUCUGGGAUGCAGGAGAGCCCAACAAUUUAGUUACAGUAGAGGACUGUGCCACCAUCAGGGACUCUUCAAAUCCAAGACAAAAUUGGAAUGACAUACCCUGUUUCUACAGUGUGUUUCGUAUUUGCGAAAUGCCAGAAAUAAAUAUUUAAAACUAAGAAAAAUCUUGAAGAACUAUAGGCAUGACUUAAAUAUAUAAAUGAUAAGGAACAAGAACAUGAAUAUUCCCAUAGCCCAACAAGAGAAAAUGCUCAUUGCAUAUCAUAAGGACUUCAUAAGUAUUCAUUACUCAGAUAUAAAAAAAAAUGGUUUUCGAUGUUGUAAUUCAUGAUGCUGACUGAAGUACAUUUUUCUCUACAUUAGUCUAAGGUCCUCUUCUCAAAAUUUAUAAAGCAAUCCACUAGCCUGGAAAGGCAAGGAACUCUCCUUUUGAUACAUUCACCUCAUUGGUAUUUAUAUGAAAGUACAGGAACACAGAGCAAGUACAGAGUACAACAAAGAAGAUUUUGGAAAGUACCUUUGAAUGAUUGCUUUAUUGUCCCUUUCUAAUUCCCGGAAAGCCUGUAUUCUCAUGUUGUUUUUCAUCUCCUAUCCAAAAAUACAUCUUCUCUAUAUUUUCCUGUAUAAUGACAAGAAGCAUCUUCAAGUCAUGAGAUAAAAUAUGUUAAUUUCACUGUUCCUCUGACUAAUUAUUUCUGAUGACUCCUGUGUCAUGUAAAACUUUUAUUAAAUAAAUCUGUAUGGUU